GUAAUAUCUAACAUUUCCCACGAUUAUUGGAGCGUAUAUGGAGAUGGAAGAGUAUACGGUGACAUUCAAGUACGAUCCUGCCAGGCUUACCGAAGUUGAAGCCGGCUCGAGUAAGUAUUUGUUAACUGAAACUCCUACAAAACGAACGAGAAAUAGUACUGGAUCUAUUGGCAGCACUAGUAACAGUAACGGAGAAGACGGUUCAUCCCAGGAUUCACCAAGCAAGAUAGUGAGUUUCCAUUAUAAUAAAUCGGCAUUAAAUAGUUUUAGCUCCCUAGAAAAUGAUCAUGAUCACCAUUCUGGUGUUGCGCCAACCACCAGGUCAAUUCAACGACACCGUAGCCGAACACCUACACCACCGUCCCCUACUUCAAGAGACGAGAGACUACAACCACCAUUCAAUAAUACAGCCUUCAAGCAUGAGGUGCUCCUACAAUCUCAGCCACAGCCUUCACCGCAAGAUGAGGAAACCUGCCGGGUAGAACAGUUGAGGAAAAGAACCUACCGGGACUCGAUUGAGUCGAUGAAGAACUACCACAACUCCAUCGCCAAGGGAGGAGCAUUACCCCAUGACGUUGAAACGUUAUGGUAUUACGAUUUGCAAAACAUCUCCCAGAGAUUACAUUACUUACGAGAAGUAUAUAAAACAAUUCAAACAUUGAAAAAAAGAAAGCCAAAUAAAACUGACCUGGUAUCGGAACCUCAUUCGAGCAAUGUCGCUACCCCGAUGGUCCUGGAAGACGAACUGCUGGCUCCUCGCCAUAGCCAAACCUACCCUGAAGAAGAAGGCUACAGCAGUAACGAUACCGACAACUCAAUGACCCCAAAUAACAGAAGAAGAUCCCAAACCUCCCAGGAAGACACCCCCAUGGGCAAACGCAUGUCCAGACGCAGGGUGCAGUUCCAGUCCUAGUCUCCCUGGCUCUAUAUAUCAAUGUAUAUAUCAAUGUAUUUGUAUGUCAAUGUAUCUGUCAUAGCUUGUGU